UAAUCAUUACGAUUUUAGUAAUGGUUAGUUUACACUUUGUAAAACAUGAAUGAAUUUUUCAUCAAACCUAAUAGAGUGUAAAUUAUGCUGCAGCAUACACAAAGGGAAACUCAAGAUCUUCAAAUUAAAAGCAGAGAAUAGCAAUCCAAUCACUCUUGGCGGCGAAACUCUGGAAGAUGUAGAAUCCUUCACAUACCUGGUCAGCUGUAUUAUCGAUGAACAAGGAGGUUCAGAUGCACAUCGAAAGUCGAAGAUAAGCAAAGUAAGAACAGCAUUCCUACAGUUGAAUAAUAUAUGGAACUCAAAACAACUGUCAACCAAUAUCAAAGUGAGAAUCUUCAAUACCAACUUCAAGGCAGUUCUAUUGUAUGGAGCUGGAACUUGGAGAACUACCACAACCAUCAUCAAAAGGGUACAAGUAUAAUGAAAAUUUGAUGAACUAUGUAACAUCAGGCAAGAGACGACUUUAUAAAAAAUUAUAA